UCUAAGGUUAUCCUACAGGACCGUCCUAGCACUGUUUUCUUUUGGGUGCAUUCUUGUACUUGGUUUCAUUAUGAGUGAGCUUUCAAAUAGACAAAUGAUAGUUAGGACCGUGUUCCAAAUAGUGACAGUCAAAGUGUUACUAAAAAUUUGUUUUGCUAAGGAUGUUAUUCCAGCCAACUUUGUGUUUGGAGAUUCCUUGGUUGAUGCAGGAAACAACAAUUACAUUGCAUCAUUAUCAAAGGCUAACUUCGUCCCUAAUGGGAUCGAUUUUGGAGGUCCGACCGGUCGGUUCACCAAUGGUAGAACAAUCGUGGACAUCAUAGGUCAGGAAUUGGGUCUUCCAGGUUUCACUCCGCCUUACUUAGCCCCCACAGCUAGUGGACCAGUGGUUCUUCAAGGCAUCAAUUAUGCUUCUGGGGGAGGUGGGAUUCUCAACCACACUGGAAACAUCUUUGGUGGUCGAAUCAACUUUGAUGCACAGUUGGACAAUUUUGAAAAUACGAGGCAAGAUAUAAUCUCCACCAUUGGUGUUUCUGCAACUCUAGAGCUGCUUCAAAGCUCUCUUUUCUCGGUUACGAUGGGAUCCAAUGAUUUCAUCAAUAACUACUUUACACCCAUUGUCUCAGCUGAGGAGCAAAAAUUAGUCCCUCCACAAGUGUUUGUGGCCUCCAUGAUUGCAAGAUUCAAGCUACAGCUGACUAGACUUUACACUUUGGGUGCUAGAAAGAUUAUUGUGGUAAAUGUAGGCCCUGUUGGAUGUAUACCAUAUGAGAGAGACCUAAAUCCAACAGCUGGAACUAGCUGUGCUAGUCGUCCGAAUCAGCUGGCUCAGCUAUUUAAUACUGAAUUGAGGAAUCUUAUUAAAGAGCUCACCACAAGCUUGAAGGGUUCAAUUUUUAUGUAUGCUGAUGUUUACCGAAUUGUAGACGAUAUGAUACAAAAUUAUAGAGCCUAUGGUUUCGACAGCGGAAGCUUUGCGUGCUGUUAUAUCGCGGGUAGCUUCGGUGGCUUGAUCCCAUGUGGUCCGUCAUCCAAAGUUUGUCUAGAUAGAUCCAAGUACGUUUUCUGGGAUCCAUUCCAUCCUUCUGAUGCAGCCAAUGUCAUAAUAGCGAAACGUCUCCUGGAUGGCGACUCUAAUGAUGUUUUUCCUAUCAACAUUCGGCAACUUGCUAAUGUAUGAGAAAAAUUGAACUGAUAUCACAUAUUACAUGAUAAUUGUCAAGUGAUUCCCUUGGAAUUAAUGAUCA